AUGUGGCCUCCUCACCUCCGAGUCCCCUCAUUCUACUUCACCCCUCCUCAGGCCUCCUCACCUCCGAGCCCCCUCGUUCUACUUCACCCCUCCUCAGGCCUCCUCACCUCCGAGUCCCCUCAUUCUACUUCACCCCUCCUCAGGCCACCUCACCUCCGAGUCCCCUCGUUCUACUUCACCCCUUCUCACCUCCGAGUCCCCUCAUUCUACUUCACCCCUCCUCACCUCCGAGUCCCCUCAUUCUACUUCACCCCUCCUCACCUCCGAGUCCCCUCAUUCUUCUUCACCCCUCCUCACCUCCGAGUCCCCUCAUUCUACUUCACCCCUCCUCACCUCCGAGUCCCCUCAUUCUACUUCACCCCUCCUCACCUCCGAGUCCCCUCAUUCUACUUCACCCCUCCUCACCUCCAAGUCCCCUCAUUCUACUUCACCCCUCCUCACCUCCGAGUCCCCUCAUUCUACUUCACCCCUCCUCACCUCCGAGUCCCCUCAUUCUACUUCACCCCUCCUCACCUCCGAGUCCCCUCAUUCUACUUCACCCCUCCUCACCUCCAAGUCCCCUCAUUCUACUUCACCCCUCCUCACCUCCGAGUCCCCUCAUUCUACUUCACCCCUCCUCACCUCCGAGUCCCCUCAUUCUACUUCACCCCUCCUCACCUCCGAGUCCCCUCAUUCUACUUCACCCCUCCUCACCUCCAAGUCCCCUCAUUCUACUUCACCCCUCCUCACCUCCGAGUCCCCUCAUUCUACUUCACCCCUCCUCACCUCCGAGUCCCCUCAUUCUACUUCACCCCUCCUCACCUCCGAGUCCCCUCAUUCUACUUCACCCCUCCUCACCUCCGAGUCCCCUCAUUCUACUUCACCCCUCCUCACCUCCGAGUCCCCUCAUUCUACUUCACCCCUCCUCACCUCCGAGUCCCCUCAUUCUACUUCACCCCUCCUCACCUCCAAGUCCCCUCAUUCUACUUCACCCCUCCUCACCUCCGAGUCCCCUCAUUCUACUUCACCCCUCCUCACCUCCGAGUCCCCUCAUUCUACUUCACCCCUCCUCACCUCCAAGUCCCCUCAUUCUACUUCACCCCUCCUCACCUCCAAGUCCCCUCAUUCUACUUCACCCCUCCUCACCUCCGAGUCCCCUCAUUCUACUUCACCCCUCCUCACCUCCGAGUCCCCUCAUUCUACUUCACCCCUCCUCACCUCCGAGUCCCCUCAUUCUACUUCACCCCUCCUCACCUCCGAGUCCCCUCAUUCUACUUCACCCCUCCUCACCUGCUGGGAAAGGGGUGGACUCUUGUUUUUGUAACUGUUUUAUAG